GUGCUCGAGCUCUUCGACCCGCCCAAGAGCUCCAAGCCCAAGCUGCAGGCGGCCUGCUCCAGCAUCCGCGAGGUCCGGCGCUGCACCCGGCUGGAGAUGCCCGACAACCUGCACACCUUCGUGCUGAAGGUGGAAGACCAGACAGACAUCAUCUUUGAGGUGGCAGAUGAGCAGCAGCUCAACUCCUGGAUGGCAGAGCUCCGGGACUGCCCAGGGCUGGACGGUGUGGACGUGGAGGCGGCCCCUCCCCCAGGGGAGCCCGGCCCCCCCAGCUGCCCGCAGGGGAGCAUGGACUCCCUGGACACAGGCGUGUUUCCUGGGACACUGCCCGAGCCGGCCUGCCAAAAGACCACCCGCUUUCUGUCCUGCUACCCCUGGUUCCACGGCGCCAUCUCCAGGGUGAGGGCGGCGCAGCUGGUGCAGGUGCAGGGCGCCGACGCGCAUGGCGUGUUCCUGGUGCGCCAAAGCGAGUCCCGGCGCGGGGAGUACGUGCUCACCUUCAACUUCCAGGGCCGAGCCAAGCACCUGCGCCUGUCCCUGUCGGAGCGCGGCCAGUGCCGUGUGCAGCACCUGCGCUUCCCCUCGGUGCUCGCCAUGCUGCACCACUUCCAGCGCUCGCCCAUCCCGCUCGAGUGUGGGGCCACCUGCGACGUCCGGCUCUCCAGCUACGUGGUGGUCGUCUCCCAGCCGCCAGGCUCCUGCAGCACUGUCUUCUUCCCCCUCCCCCUCCCCCGCUGGGACUCGGAGCUGGGCCUUCCCCACCUCGGCCCGACGGACUGCCCGCGUGGGCUCAGUGCGGAGGCCUUGUCCGGCCGCGUGUCUCCCCCAGAGCAGAUCUUCCACCUGGUGCCUUCGCCCGAGGAGCUAGCGCGCAGCCUGCGGCACCUGGAGCCAGCGGCUGGGGGUGGCGCCCGGGGCUCGGACUAUGAGAUGGACUCUGCCUCCCAGGGCCACCUGCGGGCGGUGGACAACCAGUACACGCCGCUGUGAGCGGCCCAGUGUGACUGGGGGCCACCCUCUGCCAGCAGCCUGCCUCACGGUCUCAGCUGUUUACAGAUGUUCUUGUCGGCCGACGCUGCGGCUAGCUCCUCUCCUGGCCCUAGGGACCAGUCCUGGAGCUUCACAGGUGGAGGGGUGAGGGCGGGGCGCCACGAGGCUCCUCCCCCGGCCACAGAUCUCACAGCCCACCAUGGGCUUCCCACUGGGGAUGGCACCAGGAAGCCCAAAACACUAACAAGCCAGGAUCCUCCCGUGGCUUCCCCUGUGUAGCUGCUGCACGUCUAUGGCAGGCCCACCUGACACGGGAGAUCCCCCCCCCCCCGCUUCUCCCCCCCCCCCAGCUUCAGGACAGGAGCUCUGUUCGAGGGCCAAACGACUUUAAACAUUUUACCUCAGGUUAGCUUUCUAAAGGAUUCAGGUUUCCAAACUAAACCAUGGCUCCCUUCAGGGCACUGCUGCACUCGGACAGGGCUGCUGUGCAGCCGCUGCAGAGCUGUGAGCGGCACCCUUGCGGGUGGCGAGGAGCAGGCCUACCUGGUGCCUUAUGAAUAAAGAACUGUGUUCUAGUGGACAGCGGCUUUUUGGAGGGAGACAAGCACAAAGGAAGAGGGCUCCAGGGCGCUGCCGGCUUGUAAACUUAUCUCAGAAAUGGGCUCUAGGUCCCUUUCUGAACCACAGUAGAACCAGAGAGCUGGCACACCAGAGCGGCUGCCCGCCCGCAGGCAGCUGCUUCAGUGGGGCGGCGGCAGCCACAGCCAUCGCCGCAAGUGGCGUUGUUGGCAGGGGUCAGGCCCCAGCAGAGCCGCCAGGCACAAGACAGCCCCACAGUCAGACAG